AUGGAGCAUCUCCCUCAAAAGAACCUCCGGUCCAACCAACAGGUAUGGCCCAAGAAAUCGCCCAGCGGCUCAGAUGGUCUCUUCCCUGUUUGGACAGCAGCGAAACAUUAUGGGUCUCUGCAAAGCAUUGAACAUCUCUUCAUUGAAGCGAGCAAAGGCUUCAGCGAUGUCGAGCAACAGCGCGAUUGUCUCACGGAUGAUGGCAACGUCCUUGUGGCUGCGUACUACGAUUUCAUGGCCGAAUGGGUUUACUUUUCAACCAUCCUUCGCAUAGAUUACCUCAACACUAUCAUGAGAACUUCUGGGGCUGACGAAGUCUGA